AUGGGAUGGAGACGCGACACGGUCGGGAGUAAGCGCCAGAGACAAGAGGAGUGGGGUGGAGAAGUUGGGGGCGAAGACAGCGGUCAGUUUUGUCUACUUUACUUUGCGUUUACUAGUGAGGGAGAGGAAGGAGGAGGAGGGUUGAUUGACAUGAAUGACGAUGAUGGAUCUCGUGUUGGGGAUGUACUAGCCAGCGAGACCGAGAAGGAGAAUCGAGAGAGUCUAGAUGGAUGGGCUGUGGGGAUGGGAUGGAAAAAAGGCUGCGGGGGGGCAUCUUUGUUGUGGAUGUGGAUGUACAUGACAGGAUAUGAUAUGAUAUGA